AUGGCACCCAUCUCGAUGCCUUCAGCGCUCACUUUUGAGCUGCUGGGCAAGUGUUCAGUUACCAAAGCACGCGCUGCAACGCUGCAUCUGCCCCAUGGCCCUGUACCCCUCCCCAUUUUCAUGCCUGUUGCGACACAGGCCUCACUCAAGGGCCUCACGCCAGAUCAACUGGAAGACCAGAGUUGCCGGUUGUGUCUAAACAACACAUACCAUCUAGGCCUUAAGCCAGGACAAGCAACACUCGAUGCCAUAGGCGGCGCGCACAAGCUGCAGUCAUGGCCACACAAUAUCCUCACAGAUAGUGGUGGCUUCCAGAUGGUAUCACUACUCAAACUUGCCAAGGUCACUGAGGAAGGUGUCCGCUUUCUCAGUCCCCACGAUGGGUCGCCUAUGCUGCUUACGCCCGAACACUCGAUAUCCCUCCAGAACUCGAUCGGCUCCGACAUUAUCAUGCAGCUCGAUGAUGUUAUCGUCACUACCUCGCCCGAUCGCGCACGUAUGAAGGAAGCUAUGGAACGCUCGGUACGCUGGCUUGAUCGCUGCAUACAAGCACACAAGUACCCGGAGAGACAGAACCUGUUCUGCAUCAUACAAGGGGGCUUGGAUCUGGAUAUGCGACGGGAAUGUACGGCUGAAAUGGUUGCGCGAGAUACACCAGGCAUUGCAAUAGGAGGCUUGUCUGGCGGAGAGGAAAAAGCGGCAUAUUGUGAUGUCGUAAAGACAUGCACCGACCUACUUCCUGAGAAGAAGCCGCGAUAUGUCAUGGGCGUGGGCUAUCCAGAAGAUUUAGUCGUGUCCGUAGCACUCGGCGCAGACAUGUUCGAUUGCGUAUGGCCGACGCGAACGGCCCGUUUUGGCAACGCCAUCACUGCCCACGGUAGCCUCAACUUACGUAACGCCGCUUACUCUGACGAUUUUGGCCCCGUCGAAGAAGGCUGCAAGUGCACUUGCUGCCGUCCAACAUCCGAAGGUGGACUUGGUAUCACUCGGGCAUACAUCUAUCACGUUACCGCAAAAGAGACUGCUGGGGCGCAUCUUCUCACCAUGCACAAUGUGUAUUACCAGCUCAACUUGAUGAGAUUGGCGAGAGAGGCCAUCAUGCAAGACCGAUAUCCGCAGUUCGUCAAGGACUUUUUUAGUAAGCUGUACAGCGGAGAGAAAGAGAAGUAUCCCACAUGGGCGGUGGAUGCACUAAGAGGUGUUGGCGUAGAUCUACUUAGCUAG